AUGGACAAAAAAUCCGAUGCUUCCGAUUGGUAUUUUACAGGAAAAAUAAUUUUAAUGAAAGACAAUUUCCAAGAAAUCAAAAGGUCGAGAGUUGGCAGAGGAGGAACUGAUCUGCUUAAAAAGAUAAAUGAAUACGAAGACGAAAAUUGUUACAUACCUACAGAUGGUCACUUUUUUAUCAAAUGCGUCAAUCGUGUUUUGAACAAAGACUUAACGUGUAAAUUUCAAGAAUACAUCAACGGGUUUUCAAAAGCAAAUAGAAAAGGAGUGAUGACUUGUGCUAGAAUGAAUGAAUUCAACAAGAAAUUUAACACUUCGUUUCAAAUUUAUAAUCCCAAAAACAGACAUUUUCACCCCAGAGACGUUCACGAUGAAUUAGAUUGGGUUUUGUACUUACACAACUCGCAUUUCUGUUUGAUUAGAAGAAGCCAAAAAAGUUUGGGAAUUCAAGAAAUAGAAGACAAUUACGAACAGGUGUGGAAAACGUGUAGAGACGACAACGCAGUAACACAGGUUUCACCCCUCAAACUAAACGUGCUUUCAAGUAUGAGCGAUGAUGCGUUUUCGCUUGCGAUUGCGAAACAUUUAAAGCCGUCAGAUCCCAUUCAAGAAGAAUUUUAUGAUAAACUAAUGAAUGUAGUAGAAAUAUUUGUAGGUACAGAUUGCAUCGAUCAAAUGUUGAAAUAUUUAGGUCAAUAUGAUAGAAAGAGAUUAAUAUUAAUUUCUCAUAACGGCAGUGGAUUCGACUGGAUCGUGCUUAAAAAUGCAAAAAAACUAACGCAUUGCCCUUUAAAAACACCCAGAGGAAUUCUAUCUUUUCCUUUAUCUAAUCCAUACACGGAUGAAGAUUUACAGAAAAAAUGGAAAAGACAGAAAGAAAUAAAGGGUAAUUAUUUACAACAUAUUAAUUUCACGUGUUCCUAUCAACACGAAUCCUCUAGUUUGGCUGCAUGGGGAAAUUCUUCCAAUCUUCCCGCGAAUUUGAGAAAGAUUGCCGACCUAGAUAUCGCUAAAUACACGCGAGACAACUGGGAGGAAUUGAGACACGAAUGGGAACCUUAUUUAUAUCAUUACGAUAAAGAAAUGGUGGAAGAAGAAUGGUAUGAAACUACUAGAAUGGUUGCGAAACAUACCGAAAAAGAAAAUAUAGAAAAAGUUUAUUCGCACACUAAUCCUUUUAUAAGAAAUUUUAUCAGACGAUCUAUUAAAGGAGGAAGAGUUUCGGCAAAUAGAAAACCAUUUGAAACGAACAAUUGA